GUCAGCAGGAGGCAUUUAUCUAAGCGGAGUGCACAGCGACAGUGGAAGAUGAACAGAGCCAGCCAGCCAGAAUCAAGGAAACCUACAUGGGAAUUCGCAGGAGCUCCCAGCUCUCGCUUAGCUUCACUUCAAUAUUGGGCUUGGUUUACAACUGAGACUACAGCUUCAGACCUACAAAUUAAGUUUCUUGCUGAAAAAGAAUACACCUCUGCCAGCUCCUGUCGAGACUCAGAGCAAAUUGACACCCUCCAAAACAUUUCUUGAGCUGGAUUAUGAUGGCCCUUGUUGGAGUAUGGUCUCAAGGCGAUGGAGAAAUCAACACGCACUGUCACUGAGGACUAAAGAGGGACAUCAACUUGUGAUAUCACCAGCCAUCCUCUGCCUGAGAGCUCGCACCAGCCAGCAUCAACAGCCUUCACUUAGUCUCUUCCACAACUACCCCUAUUUCUACAUCCCAUCAGAUCCCAUAUGACCCGGGGGUCAUAAGUCACAGGUCCAGGGGGCGCUGGGCUGAGGGAUAGCGCGCAGAUCUCUAUUUCAGUAUGUUGUUCAUUGAUCCCCACUGCAUUGUAUUAUAAUGCGCAAAUGGAUGCUGACAUGGAACCUUCAAAAUCUGUUCUCGGGACUCUACCUGCAUGCAAUUUUUCUGUUUGGCAGUGUGUGUGUGGUCUACAGUGACUGCACUCCAGAGCAACUUGCUGCCAUCAUGAACUGCUCCAAACAUGAGCGCCACACCAGGAACUAUGAUUAUAUGGAAGGAGGAGAUGUGCGCAUCCGACAGCUAUUCAGCCGAACACAGUGGUUCCUAACGAUUGAUGACUCUGGCAACAUCAAUGGGACUCAAGAUCCCACCAACUGCUACAGUAUCCUGGAGAUCAGGACAGUGUCUGAGGGGGGCAUACUUGCUAUCAAAGGCGUGAAGAGCCAGUACUAUAUCUGUAUGAACAAGGCUGGACAGCUGCAAAGCAAGAGGAUCUACAAUGAAAACUGCAACUUCAAGGAGGUUUUUCUAGAAAACUACUUCAAUGCUUAUUCCUCUGCAAAGUGGACUAAAAAUGGCAAGGAAAUGUUCAUAGCCCUGUCUCAGAAGGGAAGGCCACUACGGGGGAAGAAGACCAGGAGGGAGCAUGUAGCAUCUCACUUCAUCCCUAUGAAAUGCAGGGAGGAGGAGAGGAGAGUGGACUGAAAAAGCAAAGGACUUACUUGCUAAUCGUGUAUGAUUUCAGCCACAUAUUAUAUAUGUUAACAGACACAUGUAAACUCAUUACCAACACUCCACUCUCCUCCAGUUGUAAACUAGCUGUGUAAUGUUUAUAAUACGUUGCCAUUUUCAUAGUAGAAAGCAACAAGUAUGAGAUGAACACAUUAAAGUAGUUUGUCCAUCCUCGAAUAAGAUGUUGAAAAUAUGGAAAUACCACUAAAGCUACUCAAUGUAAUUGUUAUAUUGAAUUAAAUGCUAUAAAACAGUUAAAUGUUAUCACAUAAAAUAGUACUACACACAGUCAGGACUAUUCUUUUCCAGAGAUGAUCUACACUUAGCCAGAUGGCAACCUGUAUGAUCAACAGAAGGUCCAGAAUAGGCUGAAGCAAGCUGGACUUGUCUUUUUUCAUGGUGCUCAGAGCACAUAAAACAGAGACACAAUAAAUUACAACACUAUAUUUAGCGGAAAAACAAAUAGCGUACAUAGGACGAUCGAUUUGUGAAUGAUCUGUUUUGGAUCUGUCUGUCGUUCCUGCAUUGACGACCGCUCUCUGGUCAAAUGCACUGUAGCUGCUCACUGACUCCCUUUUCAUUAUUAAUGUGUGAUUUUGAAAUUUUUGAAAUAGUAAAAAUAUUGUGCUGCUGCUGAAAAGAUAUACAGAUUAUAAUACGACGUGAACAACAUAAUAAAUGUGUAUGCUAUGCAAAGCCUUUA